AUCCGAUAUCAUUUCUAUUACUUUUGAUUCUCCUUAUAGGACUCUUCUAAAAUUAAUAAAUAUUGCCGCAAAGUCUGAAAUACUAACACAAAGGAUCUCUUUUUUUUAAAAAAAAAACUUAUGUAUUUCAUAUAUGUAGAUGUAUCGUUUUUGAUUCAUUAAGGGCUACCUAAAUAGGAUAAGUGAUUAUAUAAAUUUAAAGAGAGGAGAAUACGAAAUCAGAGAGUCAGGAGAUAAGAGAAGUAAUUAAAGAACGCGGCGUCUUUAAUCAAAGUUUUGUUUAAACGAUUCAAUAAAUGUCUUCAUUUCAAGCACCAGAGGAGGAAGAACUCCAAAUUGAAAACAAAUAUCUUAAAGAAAAGAAAAUUGGUGAAGGAACAUACGCAAAAGUAUAUAGAGGCACUGAACGCGCAACUGGACGAACCGUUGCCAUCAAAAAGAUAAAACUCGUACAAACUGAAAUUGGUUCACAGGGCAUCGAAUUAUCUGCUGUAAGGGAAGUUAAGUGCUUACGUGAGUUACGACACCCUAAUGUAAUUGAGUUAAUUGAUAUUUAUUCUCAUAAAUCAAAUCUGAAACUUGUGUUGGAAUAUUUGGAUUCCGAUUUAGAAAUGAUAAUAAAAGACAAGAGCAUCCUUUUUCAGGCUCCCGACAUUAAAAGCUGGAUGCUAAUGACAUUACGAGGAUUGGAUCAUUGUCACAGGAAUUGGAUCCUACAUCGUGAUAUGAAACCCAAUAACUUGUUGGUGGGGAAGGAUGGUCAACUAAAAAUUGCGGAUUUUGGCCUAGCUCGUGAUUACGGAGAUCCUCACGCUAAAAACAUGUCCCCUCAAGUGGUUACACGAUGGUAUCGAGCUCCUGAAUUGUUUUUUAUGCCGUCUCAGUACGGUUAUGCGGUAGAUAUUUGGUCAGUUGGUUGUAUAUUUGCUGAAUUGUUACUUAGAACACCUUAUCUUGCUGGGGAAAGUGAUCUUGCACAGCUCGAACUUAUUUUUAAAGCUUUGGGAACUCCUACCGAGGAGGAUUGGCCGGGUUUUUCUGAAUUGGCUCGGGAUAUGAAAUUUCAAAAAUACUCUAGAACUCCGUUACAAGUUCAUUUCAAGGCUGCAGGAUCUGAUGCAAUAGAUUUACUGGAAAAAAUGUUAACUUAUGAUCCCAAUAAAAGAAUUAAUACACGAGAGGCAUUACUUCAUUCUUACUUUCGUAAGCUUCCUAGACCUACACCGCCUGAUCAAUUACCAAAACAGCAAAAGAUUCAGGAAAAUGCAAUCCAGCAGAACUCCAAACCAUCUAUACAAAAUCGAGGUGAACUAACGGAGCACAGAAAUAAACGUAAAGCACAAGAAAUAAGCAAUAAAAGUGAAAAAAAGAUUCAUCGUUCUUAAAUCAAUUUCUUCUAUUAUGAUUUAAUAAUUUAUUACAAGACGAAAACGUUAGUAAGAUAGCAGCAAAAAAUCCCAUAAAUAGAUUAUUGAAAUUACAAUUUUAUUUGAUUCACUUUUAUAUAUUAUAGAAAAAAUCAUUUGC